AUGUAUAAGUCAAAUUAUGAACAAUAUGAUUAUUUAAUUAAGUUAUUGUUAUUAGGAGAUAGUGCUGUUGGUAAAUCUAGUUUACUUCUACGUUUCUGUGAAAACAAAUUUGAAAAUUCUUUUGUUUUAACUAUUGGUGUGGAUUUUAAAUCUAAAAUUAUUGAAUUAAAUGGUAAAAAAUUGAAACUUCAAGUAUGGGAUACUGCAGGUCAAGAACGUUUCCGUACAAUAACUCCAGCUUAUUUCCGUAGUGCAAUGGGUGUUAUUCUUGUUUAUGAUAUUACUAAUAUUGAAACGUUCAAUAAUUUAAGUUAUUGGAUGAAAAAUUUAGAAGAAUAUGCUAAUAUAAAUGUUCAAAAAAUACUUGUUGGAAAUAAAUGUGAUUUAAAUUCUCAAAGACAAGUUAGUGAACAACGUGGUAAAGAAUUAGCUCAAGAAUAUAAAAUUCCAUUUUUUGAAACAUCUGCAAAAUUAGAUAGUAGUGUAACUGAAGCUUUUUCAUGUAUUGCAGAAGAAAUUAAACAAAAAUUUUUUUCAGAUAUGAAUAAAUUAAAUAUAUCAGUUGGAAAUAAUUUGGAUAUUUCUCAAUAUCAAAAUAAUACAACUGAUAUAAUUCGUCAAAAGUCAUUACGUUGUUGUAACAAUUAA